GGCUGAUAUCGCAGCCAUCCAGUAUCUCUUACUUGAUUCAUAGAUCUUUUUUCCCCUUCCAAAAAUAACCAAUUCCUGACGUCAAAAUGGCUGAAGCACUCAUCUCCGUGCUUCUAGAGCAACUGGCUUCAGUAGUUUUUGAACACACAAGACAAGCGGUGACGCUCGUUUUGAAUGCUAAGGAAGAUGUUCAUAGUUUCAGCAGCAAUCUCAAGGCCAUCCAAGCUGUGCUGGAGGAUGCAGAGAAGAAACAAGUGACGGAGGCCAGGGUGAGAGACUGGUUGCAGAACCUCAAAGAUGUAUCGUACGAGAUGGACGACGUCCUAGACGAGUGGAAUACUGAAAUUCUGAAACAACAAGUGGAGGAAGGUGAAAAUGCUUUUGUUACCAAGAAGAAGGUACGUUUCCCCACUCCCGCCAAUUGCUUUUGUUUUGGUCAAGUCAAUAAGGCAAUUCAUCAUCAUAACAUUGCUAGAAGCAUAAAGAAACUGAAUGAGAAACUAACUGUGAUUGCUGCUGAAAAAGAAAAGUAUGACUUUCAUCUAUCCACAAUACGUGGCACAGAUGAGCAGCUUAUUCAACGGCAGAAAACUUCAUCUUUGGUCGAUAUAUCUACGAUAUUUGGCCGAGAAGAAGAAAAAGAGUUUCUGUUGAGCAAGUUGUUGAGAGAGAGUAACCAGGAUGGGGGGAGGUUCCUUGUCAUCCCUAUUGUAGGGAUGGGAGGGAUGGGGAAAACAACUCUUACCCAACUAGCCUAUAACAAUGAAAAGGUUACGGCCCAUUUUCAAAAGAAAGUAUGGGUUUGUAUCUCAGACCCUUUUGAUGAAAUUAAGAUUGCGAAAGCGAUUAUUGAAAGCCUAGAUAAAAAUGAAACUCAGAGAAGUUCAAAUGAGUUGGAAACUCUGCUGUCAUGUAUAAAGACACAUGUUGAGAAAAAGAAGUUCCUCCUAGUCCUAGAUGAUGUGUGGACUGAAGACAAAACCAAGUGGGAAAGUUUGAAAUUAUCAGUAAUUCUGCAAAGUUGUGAAGAAGGGAGUACAAUUCUGGUUACCACGCGAAAAGAAGGGGUUGCCGAAAUGAUGAGAGCAACCAGUAGCAUGAUCCAUUUAGACAAGUUGAGCUAUGGGGAUUGUCUAGCAUUGUUCAAUAGCAUCGCAUUUUUUGAUAGGGAAGAAGAUAAGGCUAAUGGGUUUGGAGCUAUUGGUGAGGAAAUUGUGAAAAAGUGUAAAGGUUUGCCUCUUGUCGCAAAGACUUUAGGCAGUCUAGUGUGGCAUAAGAAAACAAGAGAGGAAUGGCAGCAGGUUCUGAACAGUAAGAUAUGGGAAAUAGAAGAAGUUGAGGAACAAGUUUUCCGACCUCUGUUACUUAGUUAUUAUGAUUUGGCUCCUGCAGUCAAAAGAUGUCUUCUGUAUUGUGCUACAUUUCCCAAAGAUUAUGAGUUAAGAAAACAUAAAUUGAUUGACCUUUGGAUGUCACAAGAUUAUCUUAAUUCAAAGGGGAAAAAAGAAAAGAGAAGAAUAGGCCAAAAUUAUUUUGAGAGUCUAUCAAUGCGGUCUUUCUUUCAAGAUUUUGACAAAGAUUGCAAGGGAAAUAUUAUAGCGUGCAAGAUGCAUGAUAUAGUGCAUGACUUUGUGCGGUUUCUUGCCCAAAAAGAAUGUAUUAUUAUAGAAGCGGUGCAGGGUAAUAAUAAAAAAAUGGAGCCAUCGGGUAAUAAGGUUUGUCAUUUGACCUUAACAAGUUUACCGGAAGGUCCACUUUCAUUUCCUAUUUCAUUUGACAAUUGCAAAAGUAUGCGAACCCUCACACUUCUUGGUUCAAGCAUUACAAACAUAAGCCCCAGUUCAAUUAUGCAAAUGAAAUGCCUUAGGACAUUGAAUUUGAGUGGUAACAGUCUCCAUGAAGUUCCAAAAGAGAUUGGUGAAUUGACUCAUUUGAGAUAUAUGGAUUUGUCUGAUAAUCGUAAUUUGAAAGAAUUACCGGAUGCUGUGUGUGAUUUAUACAAUCUACAAACUCUAGUUCUUGUAGGGUGCCAGUAUCUACAAAAACUACCCAAGGCAAUGGGAAAGUUGAUUAACUUGAAGCAUCUAUAUGUUACGGGUUGUUAUGGGCUGAGGUACUUACCGAAAGGGAUUGGGAGUUUGAAAAGUCUGCAAGUACUAGACUGCUUUUAUGUAUGUGAGGGUGAUGAUGAUGAAGCAUUGAAAUUAGGAUAUCUCGGAAUCAUGGACCAGCUUCAGGUGAGCCUUCGGAUUGAAAGACUAGGGGGGAAAGAUGAUGCGAGUGAGAUUGAGAAAGCACAGUUGGGGAAUAAGGAGCACCUCUCUGAGUUGGCAGUACGUUUCGAGAUGCAAUCCCUAGAGCAGAGAAAAGGCGAUGACGAAAUAGUGAAAGCAUUGCAACCACAUCAAAAUUUGGAAUCUCUUUGGAUUGGGUUUUGCCAAAUUGGCACCACCGAGUCUCUCUAUUGGAUCAAGUCUCUACACAAUUUGAGAAGAGUUUAUCUCUGUAAUUGGCAAUUUUGUCAACUUUUACCUCCUUUUGGAAAAUUGCCAUUGCUUGAAAUUCUGGAUAUAUUCAGGAUGGGGAAAGUGAAAAAGGUGGGAGUUGAAUUUCUGGGAAUAGAAGAAGAAGAAGAAGAACAAGUCUCUGGAAUUCUAUUCCCCAAAUUGAAACGACUUUCUUUCUGGGACAUGGCCAACUGGGAAGAGUGGACCUUUCUUUCUGAAAUCACAAUAAUGCCACGCCUUUCUGAGUUGCAUAUUCGGAGUUGCCCAAAGCUGAAAGCACUGCCAGACUUCCUCUACAAGAUACCAGCACUGAGUACUUUGAAGAUCGUGGCUUGUCCAAUUCUGGGAGGAGAAUACGAAAAAGGCAUGGGGAAGGAGUGGCACAACAUUUCUCACAUCCCAAACCUCACAAUCCAAUCUGAAUAGUCGAUCUGAACAGUUGCAUUCACCAAUCCAACUUGAUGAACACAUCCUAUGCAGGAGGAAUUUUCAAGCGGUUGCGAAUGAUAAAGUAAACCAAUUAGACUAAAGUGGCUCUUCCUUCAUCCUCGGAGCAAAUUAUUUUGCCUUCAACGAGGAUGUGCUCCAUCUCUUUACUUGGCGUGCUUCUGAGUGAUGGGCUUCCAUGUCCUCUCAUGGAUGCACACUGCAGUCAGGUUCUUCAUGAAGAACUUGCAAAUGCAAAUGGAAUAUGUGCGAGUCAAUCAGGAUAUGAAUCCGCUUUGGCUGGUAUUUAAAGUGUCAAUUGAUAUAUUGGAUUCAUUCAGUAAAAGACUGGUACUGGCUCUGUACAGGAAAUGAAGUUCUCCCGACAGAGAAUCACACUAAUUAAGUUACACUUAACGACCACAAUGAAGCUUCUAGGACUACAGACGUCAUUGGAGUUGUCAAGCUGAUGAAGCUCUCUAGAUAGCAAAGGUCGUGACUGAAUUAACUUGUGAAUUUGAAGUUCAUCCAAUCUGAUGUGCUUAUGCAUCAUGAUGGGGGUAUGGAGGACAAAAUAUGUAUCAGGCAGACUUUCACCACAGAGGAAAUUUGGUAUGCAUUUGACUGAUUGAAGUGGCCCUUAAUGUGUUAUCAGUAUCUUAAGCAAUCCAAUGUAUGCAAUACUUAAAGGCUUGAAAUCAUGCACUUUCUAGUUGUGGAACUAAAUUGACUAGGUUUGAUAUCUAAUAUCCAUGGCAUGGGUUUCCGUGUCUUCGGCGGUAGCUUUUUGUGAAAUGAACGUUAAUGCUGAUUGGGAUAUGGUAAAUGGGACUUGAACGAUUUUGUUACAAUAAACAUCGAGCCCGAUAAAUGGUGUGAACUCAGACUUGAAAGAUUUAUUGGAUGAUUCGCUGCCCAAAUACAAAUCUCCAUGGAACUGAAUAGGUAUUCAUAUUGUUAGAUUUCAACUACUUUGCGAGUUGACAGUUUGGUGUCUGAAACUUGCUAAGUGUAUUACACUAGGAGAAGGGAUUUGAAGAUGUUGAAUCAGUUCAAGGUAAUGGUGGUUCAGAAGUUGGAGGUGCAUGACUCUUUGGAGUGGAGGGGCUAUAACACCGUUGUACACCAUACAGGAAUUUUGGUAUCCAUUUGAAUGAUUGAAGUGCCUCACACCUAAACUAGGCUGAAGCUUUUGUGGAAUGGAUGUUGACUAGUAAUUGGGGUUUGGAAGCUUUUACUGCAAUCUGUAUUUUAACGAUAAGCAGCAGAGAGCUCGGUAAUUUGUGUUUCUGCAAAUGGACCGUUCAAAUGCUGCCAUCUCAAUCGUUGAAGGCUACUUGAGGUAAAUAUAUGGUCCAGAUUGUUGUGUUAAGCUACAGCCAAACAUUGACUGGCACUUUGAUCGAACUACAAUGCCUAGAAUUGCAAACAGUUCAACCUCACCAUUGUCAAAGGUUCACGUUAGAAGUUCAGUGUCUGAAGCUUGAUAAGUGUUUGACUAGGAUAAGGGAUUUGAAGAUGCAAAAUCAGUUGAAGUUAAAUGGUGGUUCAGUAACUGGACCUACAGGAUGCUGUUGAGUGCAAAGGUGGAGACUGAAUGGAUUUCUGAACACUGAGUUCAUCCAAGCUGAUUUUCUUAUGCGGCAUGUCAAGGUACUAAGAGCUUGUUGUGAUUGGCUCGCCAUAGGCGUCAUGGAUUGAAGUACCGGGGCAAUUGCUUAGAAUUACAGCUCGGGAGUUUCACUACCGGUCACCAGCUGACUGCAUACCAGUUAUCUCUGUUAACUGUUAAUCAUCAUUUCUUCCCAUUUUUAACUGAUUUAGGAAUCUGAAUUGGCCCAAACCUGUAACCAAUCAUCUAUAGGUGUUGGGAUGCCUAGAAAAGUUUUCCAAGUACUACAUUAUUAUUAUUAUUAUUUUUUUUUUGGCAAAGCCAAGUAGUACAAUAAGACUUGAGGGUAUCAAUUAAAGCUGCCCAAAAAAUAAUGGUAACAAUUAUAAGUGUAUGAGGGAAAGAUUGAGAUUCUAGGGGCAAGGAAACACAGGUAUUGUGAGAGAAUCAUUGGUGGUUUUUUUUUUUUUCUUUCAAUCAUAAGCUAAUGAAAUCUUUUGGAGGAUCUCUCCCAA